UUCCAUCUCUCCUCCAUCUCUCCCUCUUCCCUCUCCUUCUCGUCUAGACCACCCCUCCCUCCUUCUCUCGACUCAUCAUGUCCGACGACGAGCAGCACAACCACAACUUCGAGCAGGCCUCCGCCGGGGCCUCGCUCACCUUCCCCAUGCAAUGCUCGGCCCUUCGCAAGAACGGUCACGUCGUUAUCAAGGGCCGCCCCUGCAAGAUCGUCGACAUGUCCACCUCGAAGACGGGCAAGCACGGUCACGCCAAGGUCCACUUGGUCGCCAUCGACAUCUUCACCGGCAGAAAACUGGAGGAGCUCUCGCCCUCCACCCACAACGUGGAUGUCCCCAACGUCUUCCGUAACGAAUACCAGCUCGUCAACAUCGAUGACGGCUUCCUCAACCUCAUGUCCCAGGACGGCAACCCGAAGGACGACGUCAAGGUCCCCGAGGGCGAGCUCGGCAAGCAGAUCCAGACCGACUUCGACGACGGCAAGGACCUCCUCGUCACCAUCAUCUCCGCCAUGGGCGAGGAGCAGGCCAUCUCCGUCAAGGAGGCCCCCAAGGGCUCGGCCUAAGCGAUUCCCUCUCAUCCUAUCUCCCGCUCACUUUCCGCCCGGUUCCUUUGCUGUUGUUGUGUUAGUCAUUGACACGCCCGCCGUCGUUCAGCUGUUAAGCGCCAGUAGUAUCCGUAGCAGUACCCCCAUCUGUCACCGUGCAUGUACCCACCACCCCGCCUCUGCAUACCUUGUAUCACUUCACUCCCUGUGUCAUACAAUGGAAUGCCGCAUGGUCCAUCCUACCAGGAUUACCAUCCCCGUAGAGCGCCCUGUAACACACCC